UCAAAGAACAUGGAACAAAACGUACCCACCCUUGUAGCAAAUUGAAACCGGUACCAUUAGAAAGGUCUUUGAAAAUAUUUAAACUUGUUGUAUGACACCAACUUUGUAGCUCAUGGGGGAAAAAAGAUAUUCGGCGUUAAAAAUGCCGAAAAUCAUCGAAUUUCCCUCAAGCGCAUUCAACAUGUUCGCGAUAUAAAUGUGCAUAAGUGCAAGUGAGAUAGAUAGUGUGGCGUCAGUACCUCCGCCGCGCCGCCUCGAUCUUUUGUUCUCGCCAAGUUACUAGUUAGUACUACCCGUACACAUAAAGAAUGGUAUUGAAAAUGGCGUCGCUUUCUAACCUCUCACUCGCACUUAGCGGAUUGUCGCUAUACAUCCCGUUUAUGCUGACAAAACCGGCCUACUUUGCCGCCAUUUCUAAUCCCAUUCUUUAUCUGUACGGGUAGUACCUGUUUGGAACUAUCUUUGAGCGCGCGCAUUUUUGUCAUCUUAGUUUUUUUAUCAUUGUUUUACCUACAACCUCAGCCUUCACAACGGACUUUAGUGUAUUGCUUAACGACUGGAUUUGACGAAAUGGAAGGUGAACGCCGUGUAGUGUGUAUUACGUGUACAAGAUCAGUACUACGUGACCGAAACCGGCAUCAUCUGACGCGAGACUAUUUGGAAGACAAUCCAGGCUUCACAGAGUACGUGAUGGAACGGAUUAACAUAAAUGAGAUGGCCCUCAAUCAAGUCCAAUAUAUGUGUCAUCGUUGUUGGGUAGCUGGAAGAAGACAGCAAGCCAGGUUCGAACAAGAACAAAACCAAGAACUCGGAAAUCCAGAGCAACCAACCAUGCAACCAACGUCGGUUCCAACUUAUAGGCGGGUUGCAAAUACGGCGCGUCACUGCUUAUUCCGCGGGUGCAUCAACCAAGAACUUCAUAGAGUGUCCAGCUUUAUAAAAGUACUUUUGUUAGUUGAUUAUAGCGUAUACGUUCCUGAAAAUGCACGCAUUUGUGCACAUCACAUCAACUCAAAUGAUUGGAGCUCCCUGUAUGAAAAUGGGGAGACGAUAUUCACGCCAGAUCAGCUAAAAGACAUGAUCGACACGUUACGAGCUGCAUAUAAACAUAAGACAAAUAUAGAUUUUGACAAUGUAAACAACAUUUCACCUGAGGAUCUAUUUUACCUAACUGGCUUAACACACCAACAAUUCUCAACCAUUUUAAGUGAAACACCGUCUCUUUUAGCUCAAUGUAAAAGACCAAAAACUGCACUGGGUGUCUAUUUAUUAAAACUUAGGUCUGGUGAACCAAAUACUCGUAUAGCCUCACAAAUAGGUGUAUCUCGAAAAACGAUUGGCGUUUUACUUAAAACUGCACGAAACUGCUUGACGCAGGACUUUGUUGUUCGCCAUUUAGGUUUUAAUCAUAUAAGCCGUAAUGAUAUCAUAGCUCACAGCCUUGCAGUGCCAUCAUAUUUAUACUCCAACCCUUUAAAUCCAGUGGCGAUAGUUCUAUGUGAUGGUUCAUAUAUAUACGUCCAGAAAAGUAAAAACUUUUUGUUUCAAAAAAAAACCUACAGCUUACACAAGUACAAAAACCUGUUAAAACCCUUUUUAAUUACAUGCCCAGACGGCUAUAUUAUAGAUAUAUGUGGACCAUACGCUGCAACCAAAACGGAUGCCCAAAUCAUGAGUGAUAUUAUGAAUGAUACCACGUCCCCAGUGCAUAUAGUAUUACAAACAGAUGACGUUUUUAUCUUAGAUCGAGGGUUCAGAGACUCUAUACCAGAAAUAGAAAGUGCAGGUUAUGUUGCCCAUAUGCCGCCGAGCAAAGACAGACAUGCCACACAGCUCACAGACAUACAAGCAAAUAAAUCUCGACAAAUCACAAUAGUGCGAUGGGUCAUUGAAGUCAUAAAUGGAUGGUUCAAAAGAGACUACAAGAUAUUCAGGCAUACACUUAUUAAUAAAACACUCCCUCACGUGUUUACAGACUUUCGCAUUGCAGGAGCACUUAUAAAUGCAUUUAGGCAACCUCUGACGGACAAUGAGCAUGCCCAAGCCUUUAUCGGAAUAAUAGCUCAAAGAAUAAACGAACACAAUAUACUGGGCAAUUAUGUAGUCACAGAAAAUAUAAAUCGACAACGGGCGGUGUUCACUACAAUGACGGCUACAUUAAUACCAUUUCCACAAUGUUAUUGCAAGGCAUCCAUGAAACAACUUCAAUACGAGAUUAACAUCAAAUUAAAUAACGAUGGAAUGCCUGAAGAGGCAAACUGUGAAUGUGCAGCAGGUGAAGGCAAUGAAGCCCACUUUUUCAAUGGCCAUGGCGACGAUGCGCCAUCUGGCGUGAUAAAAUGGCAGUCAGCAUCCCCAUUGACAGAAGAAGACGUCAUUUUAUUCAGUUUGGGAACAUACCAUUUAAAACUCGCUAGAUCGUACGUUGCCGAGCAUUUGCGAGGUGGAGAUGGUUUAUAUAAUAUAGAGGUAUCUUCUAGCCCUAGCCCUAGUAUGGCGGAGCAUGGGCUGGUGACAGAAAACUGCUCAUUAAUUAGAGGCCGCAUAUUAUCGAGGCACGUCUCGAAUAAAAUAUAUUACACAUAUAUUUUGCUUAAAGAGAACAUCCAGGGCAGAGAAGCUAUCGCAGCAUAUUAUUGUUCCUGCAUG